AACACUAAAGAAAACUAAAAAAGCAAGAGAGAAAGGAAGAUUAAGAUCGUGUCUAUUUUGCAAUCAAAACCCCUUCUAACUUCUCCGUUGAUGUAUGUAUAUUUUGUUCACAGAGCAAACCCCACAAUCCACAUGAUGAUGAUAAUGAUGGCGAUGUCUUUCUCUCUCUCUCUUUUCCUCUCACACUCUUCCCAUCUAUUCCCUCAUGGUUUCUUCUCUCUUCCUUCCCAAUAAAAAUUACCCACUUCUAAUCAGACAAAAAGUAGAGUGGUUAUAAGUCCAUUUGUUUCUUCAGUUUCCACACAACUUUCACCAGAAGAAACUAACACCUUCCGUUACUGGCUUUUUCUGUGUCCUUGGCAACCCUUUGCUGAUUUUCGCUGCCACAAUCACAACCAAUUGAAGAAGAAGUUUCUGGGUUAUGGUUCACGGGUGCCGUAUAGUUAUAUAAUCUGAGCUGGGCCCCAUUCCAUACGCAACUUUUCCUCCUUCAUUCUCCUUUUUUUUUUUUAUUGUCUUAAGAAGUGAUGGACAUGGAAGAAAUUUCAGAGUUGAAUUUGGAUGGUUUUUCUUCUUCUCACGAGGUUUUGGAAUCAGAACAGAAGAACAUGGGUACCCAGAGAAUCUUGGUUUCAGAUCACACAAACGGAUAUCAGUAUUCGGCUGAGGAAGCUGAUAGCUUUGUGAUUGAUAUGGAUUCCUUCUCUUCCGGCAUCAAUAAAGAUAGCACUAAAGCUAAUUCCAGAAUUACAUUGCAGCGGAGCCUUUCCAGGAAAGGAUCUCAGCGUGGGGGCGACAGGAAGGUGAAUGGCAAUGUCACACUUCAUGAUAGGGAUACUGCCCCAACUACAUGCUCACCAAAAGCUGCUCUAGCAGGGUCCUGCACGGCUGAAAAGUCAGCGGUGGUGGCAGUAGGGUCCACACAUCAUUCCACAAACACACAAGUUCAUCAUCAGAUUACUAUUACUGCCAGUAACAUGUGCACCACCACCCCCACCCCCAACGAAAGCAAAUUUAUAACUCGAAGAAAUAGUUUUAAACGACCUUCUUCAUGGCUCCUUGAUCCUAAAAGAGUUCUUCUCCUCUUUGCUACCUUGUCAAGCAUGGGAACAAUGUUGCUGAUAUACUUCACUCUUACUAUCAGCAAGCAAAAAGCAGAUGAAUAUGGGAGUGACUGGCAGCAGUGACUGAUGCCACUGAUUAAUAUGGAACGAAUGAGAUAAUUUGUCGUGUGAAUUAUAAAUCCUAGGAUUGGAGCAAAACUCAGGAACAAGAAGUUUGAGACCAAAUUUGCAGAACUUGCAAUAACUGACAAAAAUUUCAACUACCUGUCAGACUCAGUUACCUAUUUGGAAGCUAAAAAAGGCAAAUACAAUGACAUAAUACACUACGAUAGACAGGAAGAAAUAUUUCUUUUAUAUGAAUGGAAACCAGCAAGUUAGCAACGGAUAAAAGAUCACAUGUAAGAGAGUGCUCUGUAGUUUAUUUGGAGUGUCAUUUAAGGGCAUAACGGAGUUGGAGGAUCAGAAAGUUACGUUUUUGCUCUUUCUACUCAGUUCUUAUUUUUAUCCCCUGUAUCUUUUGUUUUGCUCUUACAUGUGAUGGCAAGUGAACCUUUUUCUAAUGUGUGUAACUUUAAUUUUAACAGUGGAAAAAAGGGAGAGGAAAGUAAAACCAAAACCAUGAGAGCUACCUACCUACUAGUUACAAAAGUAGGCACAAACGGCAUGCGUGCUCAAAUACAUUUUUCCUUUAUGGAAGAAACUGAAAUCCACGAGUGCCUUUUCUAGGGACAAAAAAUGUUUAUAUAUUGGGAAACCUUUCGGAAUAAACCAUGUGUAUGAAAGAUUAAGAUUAAUUUGGUCAA